AUGAACGGGGUCUACGAGAACGCUCCAUCUCUUUCAACUACAUCACUCACGUCGUCUCGUCAGCAGCGCCCCGGAGGGCCGGCUCGGACACCAUCUAACACCUAUGCGCCUGCUCGUGGACCAUCACAAUAUAUUCCUUUUCAUUCGACACGGCAGAGAUCCUCAUCUGCAACCAGAUCUCGAAGAGACCCUCAAGCGCUGUAUCGAGCUCAGGAGAAGGCGUAUGUGCAAAGAUUGCGACAAGACCCAAAUAUCGUGUAUUACAACGAGCCAUAUACACCAAGCUUAGAUUAUAGUACCGAUUCGACGUCAGAUGAUGAAUCUCCAUCUUCUGAGGUACAAUUCGACAAUGACAACUAUGAUCAAGAGACUUUGCUUUACUACGGAAAUGACGACAUUGAACUCUCGCCGGAGGAGUUGAAGAUACCAGCAAAUCGGGAAAGGUUGGAAUGGCACUCUAUGCUUGCAUCGGUUUUGACAGGAGACGUUGUUAAGCAAGAGAAGAAGCGUUUGAUUGGAGGACCCGAGCAAAAAGGAGGAAACUCGUUGAAAAUGGAAAUUUGGCUCGGAGUGCGGUCGAAAGUUUGCGGUCGCACAGUUGCUGCUCAACAAAGGAUGAUUGAAGAUGGCAGAGCUGCUCUGGGUCCUGUCAUAGAAGAGAUUAUUGCGUUCCAAAUCAAGGGAGAAACGGAAGUGGGAAAGCCGCCUUUUGACCAGGUCCAAGAUAUCGUACGCAAAAUCGAGAAAUGCGAGAGUCUGUAUCCCACUCGAUCUGCGCUGGAGACAGCUCAUUCUCGAGCGGCCUCGGAGGAAUUCAAAGCUAGCUGCGAUGCUGUAAUGGCAUGGCACAAUACUACCAACCUUAUCAACACGGAGCUGGCCAUCCUUCGCGAUUGGGUUGGCAAUGACGAGCUAGACUUUUCCAAACCUCAAAGUCGGUCGACCACGAUCAGCAGCCUGUCAGAUGAAAUCUCUUUCAUUGACCGAAUUCGGCAAGAAGAUGGCCUUAAAUCUCUUCAGGGCGACCUCAGUACCCGGCCACCUCAGCGGGGUAUGCUCGUGGGCGUUGGCGAGGUCAUUACUAAAGCCAAAAAUACCCUCAUCGGAAAUGCGGAUGCGUUUGCUUUGCGCCACCUACCGCCUUAUAUUGAAGAGCUCUUGACGCUCAUCAAUUUUCCAUCGCGGCUGAUUCAGGAGAUCAUUCGAAUGCGACUUCUAUUUUCGCGAAAGAUCAAGGAUUUCUCACAGCUGAGUGUUAUGAUGGCCGAGCAAAUGAUCUCUCAAUUCCGAAUACUCUUAACGCUGGCAGUAAAGAUCAAGCAAGAGUACACCAUAAUCGCGCAGCCGCAGCCAGGCUGGGACUUGCCACCGUGCAUUGACGAGAAUUUUGAUUCAGUUGUUGUGGACGCUCUGAAGUUCUAUUUCAAAAUGCUGAACUGGAAAUUGACAAGCAACAAGAACACCUUUAAAGAAGCAGAAAUUUUGGAACAGGAGUGGGAAUUCUCAACGGAAACUGGCCGGCAUCUUGAGGGUGGUGAUGCCGAAGUUGCUGAACAAUUCAGUUCACUUACUGCCAAGGCUUUGACGCGUCUAACAGCACACUUUGAAAAGGAACUUCAGCGACGGCCGGAAGAGGUUCCCUCUGAUAUGGACAAGCGAUACAAGCAAAUAUUGGACUCGGUCCGGGUCAGGCAGAGGAAACUAUUUCGAUUUUCCCGUAUUUUAGGCCAACGGUUUGAGAAUGCGACGGAAUUCAACAUCAAUAUCGACCUGGCACAGCGCCAACAACUUUAUGCGGCGCUCAUAACUUCUGGUCAUAUCCUUAUAGAAUCAGCUAGCGCUGCUCAGAAGGGGAUUUAUCUGAUUGCUUCUCCAGCUCUUGUUGAACAUCUUCGGGAUGUUCCUGCAAUUCUUGAAACAUGUUAUCAUGCCGACGAGCAAGCAGAGGAUCCAUCUAAUCCUUAUCUCCUGAUUCUAAGGCCAGAGGAUCCCUUAUAUUGGGACGGGCGGAGGGCAGAGAUUGAUGUCAGAGAAGCUCCGGUUGACGUCAAAGUGGGAAGGCUCCGACUUGUCUCAGAUGGGUCUCUGCAGCGAUUACAAAAUGCUCGAUUAGCUUUUGUUCAAGCAACUGGCAUUGGCUUGGAUGUGCUAGUUGAACAAAGGGCGAAUCUUCCCAGGGUAAACGCCGAACUUAUGCGUAUCAAAAAGACAGCUUAUCAGCUGUCCAACACUAUAAUGGGUAGUGUUGAAAUUAUCCGCAAUCAGACCAAAGGACUCGACUGCCAGGAGCUUAUUCAAACCUGCUUCGCAUUCGCCACUGAGUUCGGACAGCGGUCGCUCAUGUAUAUGGACAACAACCGCAGGGCGAUGAACAAUCUCAAAUUGACCCGCUUGGCCCUCGACUGGAUCAGCUUUAUCUGCGAUGACUGCAUUGCCGCCGAUCGAAAAACGUUUCGGUGGACGGUUGUGGCGCUUGAAUUUGCCAUGGUAAUGACACGGGGUCAGAAUAUUCUUUCAAUCAACGACGAGGAAUACGCCCGGCUGCGGUCAAAGGUCGCUGGUUGUAUGUCGCUGCUGAUCUCGCAUUUUGAUAUCAUGGGUGCAAGAUCAACCUUGGCCGCCCAGAAUGAACGACAGCGACUGGAGGCCAUGGGCGGUUUUAGAAAGGUGGACGUCAGUCGAAUGAGGGAUGACGAGGAGUCCUCUCGGUUUGUCCGCGAGCAGUGGCUUGCACAACUCUCGGAGAUCGACGAAAUUUGCAAGCAGAAACGGUCAGAACGACAGGUUCUUGGUCGAGUUUUGGAAGAUUUUAAUGAAGUUGAUCGGUCUUUGACGUCCCUUUCCUCGUCAGCCACCAACGUGACGCUACGAUGGCAGCAAGGUCACUUCAUCGGCGGAGGCUCAUUUGGGUCUGUCUAUGUAGCAAUGAACCUUGACUCUGGCUACUUGAUGGCCGUUAAAGAAAUUCGAUUGCAGGAUCCACAACUUAUUCCUACGAUUGCGCAGCAGAUUAGGGACGAGAUGCGCGUUCUGGAGGUGCUUGAUCAUCCGAACAUUGUUACUUAUCACGGUAUCGAAGUCCAUCGCGAUAAGGUCUAUAUUUUCAUGGAGUACUGUUCCGGUGGUUCUCUUGCAGGGCAAUUGGAGUACGGAAGAAUUGAGGACGAGACAGUGAUUAUGGUUUAUGCAUUGCAAAUGCUCAAUGGCUUGGCAUAUCUCCAUGAGAGCAGAAUUGUGCACCGCGAUAUCAAGCCUGAAAAUAUUCUACUUGAUCACAACGGGGUCAUCAAAUACGUCGAUUUUGGAGCUGCGAAGAUCAUUGCACGACAGGGAAAGACCCUUGGCCCAGAAGUAGCGGGUACUCGUAGGGGAAAACAGAAGUCGAUGACAGGCACGCCUAUGUACAUGUCUCCGGAAGUCAUCAGAGGCAACUCUGAAGGCCGACAUGGCGCCAUCGACAUUUGGUCUCUCGGUUGCGUCAUCCUGGAGAUGGCAACUGGAAGAAGACCAUGGGCUAAUCUGGACAAUGAAUGGGCUGUGAUGUACAACAUUGCGCAAGGAAACCCUCCGCAACUCCCGGCCAAAGACCAGCUUAGCGAAGCAGGAAUCGACUUCCUCAAGAAAUGCUUCGAGCGCGAUCCAUCAAAAAGGAGCUCCGCAGCAGAACUACUCCAACAUGAAUGGAUCAUGGCUAUUAAACGACAAGUGGACAUUGAUCCCCCCACGCCCAGUGAGACGUCUAGCACCAGCAGCAGCGUGUAG